CUGAAGCAUUUGAAGCGUCAACUGGACCGCAGCCUGUGACAACCACUGACAGGAUUAAGCCGUUCAUUCUUCCUCUCUCUCUUUUCUAUCAUUUUUUGCUCUCUUUUCCUUUCCGUCGUUUAUCAAAAAUUCGCUUCAGUAGACUGCGAUAACAAUGUCAGCUAUAAAUUUAAAGACGCUCUCUCAUGCGAACAUCCUGAAAUUUUUUAAUUCGUUCGACACCGUGUUAACCGAUUGCGACGGCGUGCUGUGGAUGCACAUGACGCCCAUACCGAAUUCCUCGAAUGUCCUGAAUCUGUUUCGCAAACUUGGCAAACGGGUCUUUUAUGUGACCAACAACAGCACCAAGACCCGCGAUGGCUUGGUGGAUAAAUGCAAAGCUCUAGGAUUUGAGGCAACCAAGGAUGAUAUUUUGUGUACUGCUAAUCUGGCGGCUUGUUACUUGCAAGAUCUAGGCUUCCGCAAAAAAGUCUACGUUAUUGGUCCUGAGGCAAUCGCAACCGAAUUGGAGCAAGUCGGUAUCUCGUGUUGUGGAGUAGGUCCGGAUGUAGCCAAACAGAACACCUCAUAUUCCUCUUUCAAAAAGGAUCCCGAAGUGGGUGCUGUCAUAGUUGGCUUCGAUGAGCACUUUAGCUAUCCGAAAAUGGUGAAAGCAGCUACAUAUCUGAGGGAUAAAAAUGUACAUUUUAUUGGCACGAAUACGGAUGAAAGAUUUCCAGUUUCAAAUCAUGUCGUUAUACCCGGCACGGGAAGUCUAGUUACGGCAAUAGAAAGCUGCUCGGAGAGGAAAGCGGUCAUCAUGGGUAAACCAGAGGAGUACAUGGUCAAGAUGUUGACAACACGCUCUACCUUUGACCCGCAGCGUACGUUAAUGAUCGGAGAUCGGUGUAAUACGGACAUACUCUUCGGGACACGCUGCGGCUGUAUAACUUUACUGGUUUUAACCGGAGUAAAUAACUUGUCGGAUAUCGAAAAAUGGAAGAAGUCCAAACGAAAAGAGGAACAAGAUCUCGUACCCGAUUACUAUAUACAUGCGCUGGGCGAUUUAUUAUCAUAUUUAAAAGAACUAGAAACUGAACUGUGAAUUUAGGACUUUAAGUCAUGAAUAAAGAAAGUAUCGAAAUACAGUUAAAGUGGUAACAUAAGAAUUUUUGAAGCGUGUUGCAAUUUCUAUAUACAUGGGAGAUAACGCACACACACAUGCACACAUUAAUAUGUAUACAGAAUUUUCUUAUAGGAUGUUUUUCAGUAGAAUAUAUUCCAGGAAUUUGUGCCAAUUAUGCUCAAGUUUCUUUUGUACAUAAAUUUUUAUGCAUAAAAAAUAUAAAAAAUAUAAAAAUAA